CUGUUGAUAACAAUGGAGAAAGAAAUCAAUAUUUCUGGCGUGGAGGUUGAGGCUCAAAAUGAUGAAUUAUGAGUUUCAUUUCUCACAUGGUGACGGCAAUGGCAAUGGCAGCGCAGAGUUAUUUGUAACGAAGAUCUCUCUGUACCCGAGUUAAUUGAGUGGGAAGGCCGAGCAAAAAAAACCAAAUUGAGACUGUGAUUUUAUGGAUUCCAAAAGGUCCCAUCAUGCCAGCUGCUUCUUACUCCCAAUUCUCUCUCUCUUUCUUCCUUUACUCAUCUUUCUCUUUCACUGCCUUCACCUCUGAUGUGACCACCGACUAUAAAUUUAUACUUUCCUUUCUUUUUCGUUUAGGGCGGAUGUGUAGACGGAGCUUUCUCUUCCUUUCCUGCCGAUAACCAACCAAUCGGACGGAUUGAAUGAAUGUCUGAUCACAAAUCAGGCUCAAUGGCCGAUCAGCUCUCCAAGCAGACCUCUAUUUUUGGUCUACGCUUGUGGGUUGUUCUUGGGGUUUGUGUUGGAGCAGCUUUUGUGCUCUUCCUCUUUCUAAUUUCUCUUUGGAUUGCUUCAAAACGCUCUCGCAAGAAGAUUUCUAACAGACCCACCAUUCCAAUCGUCUCUAAAGAAAUCCAAGAGAUCAGAAUCGAUCAUCCCCUCCCUCAAAACCAAGAACAUAAUAAGCCCAGUAGGUCCCAUUUUCAGGUCGACCCACUUCCGGAGCCGGAACCAAUUCCGGGAAUUGAGCGUCAAGCGUUGCUUUCGUUGCCUCAGGAGGAGGAGCGAGUGAAUAGGAUUCAUAUUGAGAUCGGGAAGGAUCAUAGGAUUUCGUUUCCUGAGCGCCUUGGUCGGUCUUCUUCCUCGCAGGGUAGUGGAGAGGGGCGAUGUGGUGGUGAUCAGUUGCCUAUGGUGGUGCCUGAAGUUUCGCAUUUGGGUUGGGGGCAUUGGUACACUCUCAGAGAGCUCGAAGCCUCGACUAAUGGGUUCUCCCCAGAUAAUGUAAUUGGUGAGGGUGGGUAUGGAAUUGUUUACCAUGGCAUAUUGGAGGAUGGAACUCAGGUUGCUGUGAAGAAUUUGCUAAAUAAUAGGGGACAAGCCGAGAAGGAGUUCAAAGUUGAAGUUGAAGCAAUUGGACGAGUCAGACACAAGAGCUUAGUUAGAUUGCUUGGAUACUGUGCUGAAGGUGCUCAUAGGAUGCUUGUAUAUGAGUAUAUAAAUAAUGGAAACUUGGAACAAUGGCUUCAUGGGGAUGUUGGAUCUUUCAGCCCUCUUACCUGGGAGAUUAGAAUGAAUAUCAUUCUUGGAACGGCUAAAGGGCUAGCUUACCUCCACGAGGGAUUAGAACCAAAAGUUGUUCACCGGGAUAUCAAAUCAAGCAAUAUCCUACUCGAUAAGCAAUGGAAUUCCAAGGUUUCAGAUUUUGGCCUUGCAAAGCUACUGUGCUCUGACAAUAGUUAUAUUACAACCCGAGUUAUGGGAACAUUUGGUUAUGUUGCACCAGAAUAUGCGAGUACAGGAAUGCUGAAUGAAAGAAGUGAUGUGUAUAGUUUUGGAAUACUUGUUAUGGAAAUAAUAUCAGGACGGAACCCUGUCGAUUAUAGUCGUCCUCCAGAUGAGAGGUUAAAUUUCACAGGUGAACUUGAUCGAUUGGCUUAAGAGAAUGGUUAGUAACCGUAAUCCAGAGGGCGUAUUGGAUCCAAAGCUUGCUGAAAAGCCUACUACAAGAGCAUUAAAGCGGGCUCUUCUUGUUGCAUUACGCUGUGUGGACCCAAAUGCUCAGAAACGGCCAAAAAUGGGACAUAUUAUUCAUAUGCUAGAAGCUGAAGAUGCUAACUUUAAAGGGGUAUGAAAUAAAGUUUUCUUGAAGUUCAUUUAUUGUUUUAUAUAUAUCUUUGGAUAGUUCUAUUAAUAUUUAGAACAUUAGGAGUUGCAGAAUUCCAACACAUGUAAUGAAUGGAUCCAGCUACUUUCAGGUUCAGCUAAUGAAUGAACAUAAUAUGCUGAUGUGGCAAGUAUUUAAUUUGAGCAAAGCAUCACUGAUACACAAAAGAAAUCUUAAUCCCAAAUGUAGUAGUCAUUUAACUCACUUUUUCAGGCUAGUCAUCAUAAAUACCACACAUGGUUUUUCCAUUUUCAUCAUAGGAGUUAAUUGGUUCACGAGUAUGCAACAUUGAGACUGCAACUGGAAAUAAGAAACAAUAUGCUUCUUUCUGGAAUCACACUACCUUUAAUUCCUUGAAUGCUCCAUAUAUUUUUUUCCAACCUCUCAAACUUUGUUUCAUAUUGAUUACUAAACCAAGCAUGAAAUUUUAUUUUAGGAUCGUAAAGGUGGAAAAGACCCAGAGAAUUCACAUUCAAACAAUGUCAAUAAUGGUUUAAACGAAA